AUGCCUGGGGCCAAGCAGAAGUCCUGCAACAUGAAUACUGUCCAGCUGUGCAACCCUCAGGCCUAUACACUUUCACUGAAAGGAAAAAGACUGGAUUUUCAUGGAGAAGGUGACACACGUGUAAGCCUGACCAACGUCAUUCCUGAACUCAGCCGACUCACAGCAUGCAUUGAUCUCAUAUCCAUGGGUCACAGCUCAAGUUAUUGGAUGGCUUUCUCUUAUAUUACUAAUAACACCCUCCUGGGCAGAGAAGACAUAGACCUUGGAAUUGCAGGAGACCAUCAGCAGCUUAUACUAUACAGCUUGGGCAAGACCUUUGAUAUCAGUUAUCAGCUGAUUCCAUUUCAGUGGCAUACAGUAUGUUUGACAUGGGAUGGUGUGAAGGGCAGAUUAGAGCUCUUUCUGAACAAAGAAAGGAUAUUGGCAAUAAUGGAUCAGCCACACAACCUGUCUGCUAAUGGGACUUUGGUCUUAGGGUGCUUGCCCAAGAAUGGAGAGGGACAGAUUAAAAGUGUGAUAUCUUGCUUUACCGGCAGCUUAUAUUACUUUCAACUCUGGGACCACAUCCUGAAAAAUGAGGAGUUUAUGACGUGCUUACAUGGAAAUGUAGUUAGUUGGGAAGAAGAUGUUUGGAUCAUCCACAAGAUAAUACCAACUGUUGACAGGAGACUGCGGUGCUUUGUUUCUGAAAAUAUGACAAUUCAAGAAACAAGUACAACUGUUUCACAGCAAAUAGACUUAACAACUCCUUCUCACAUUGCUGGGCUAAACCCACAAAAGACUGUACAUUCAUCCACAACGAUGCCUAAAAGCACACCUGUAUUUGCAGCCAAUCAUACAACCAUAUGGUAUUCUAAUACAAUGUCUUCACCUCUAGCAACAAUGAGUGCAUCAAAAUAUUUAAAGACAUCUAUAGCUGAAACAGCUACGUUUGCAGCAGAUGGCUUAUUUACUUCAGCAACCAUCCCUCUGCCUACCCACAGUACACCCAUCCGUACUACUAAUGUGUCCAUGAAAACAACUCAGCACCCAUAUUCAAAAAAAACAAGGACAUCAAAAAUGGUGGAGACAGUGGCUACUGAGACCUUUCACCCGACUACAGCUACUAAUUUCUUUGCCACAUCUGGAAUUACCAAGAAUUCCAUUGUAUCUGAAACUUUAGCAAUUAAAUCCCAGCCAACUGUUAUGAAGAUAGCUCCAUUUUCAGUGAAUGAUUCCACAUCCGUGUCUACAACAUCUUGCCACAAACACAAGUCCCCAGAUGUUGCAGGACUCCCUACCUCUAAAUCUAAACAAGAAUCCCUUGUAUCCUCAACUGCCAGAACUGUGUCUGGGUCCACAGUAGAAGAAAUUUUGGCUUUAACUACUGACAUUGGAACUAUGCCAGCCUUCCCACCCCAGCCUCUGCUUAUACCCACAGUGACUCCUGUGGAUUCUGUACUUCCUGAAAAUCAGAUGGCAUCUUCUUUGCCAACAACUGAUAAGAAAAUGGUUUUUACAGUUCAUUCAGUGUUGCCUGUGGAGACCACACCUGCCCCAAGAACAGUGAAAACAGAAUUAGUGCACACGGAUUUUCAGGAUGUCUCUUCACUCAGCAUGGACAAUGCUAUAUUUACCUCUAUGCCAAAAGAGACCUCUUCUAUGGCACUUUAUUCUAUGACAUCCUCUCCCAUCGCUGGAACUCAGAGUAAACAGACAGUUAUUGAUAUUGAGAGUACUCAUCCAGCCUUAACUCCUGGAAUCACACUUCAUCCUACACUGGCUGAAGAUUCACUCUUCCCCACAAUUGAAGGGCUAGAAUAUACCCAGAAUACACCCACGGCAGAUGAACCUAUGCUUACUUUGAUUUCCACUAAAUCACCUUCCACAUCCAAGGCAUCUGAAUCAGGUCCCACAUCUUUAACUGAUGAAACUGCCUAUCAAUUAUCUACCAAUGACACCACUUGGACUUCUAGGCCAGAUCAAACUCUGUUGACCUCUAUGAAUACAACCACCUUUCUUACAUUCAUGCCUAAUGAAAAUCUUACAUCAGUACAUCAAGGCAAUGCUACUAAUGUGGAUCAUAUGUUCAUGACUACUAACACCACUCCACUUGAAACAUUCACAAAGCGUAAGGCUACUAUUAGCUCUGAUGGUUCUACAGCUAGGUAUACAGAAGCUCUAUUCAGAUCAACAUCUCUGCUGUUUGGUAAUUUCUCCAGUGUUUCUGAAAUCCCAUCUAUAACCAAUCAGCCUGAGUUUGAACUCACUACCUUACUACUGAAAAGCAUCCCUAUGUCCACAGUAGCUGCAAAUGUACUUCCCACAGUACCAAGGGAGACAUUUGUUCCAUCAGUAGAUAUAUCUACCCUUGCUGAUGUUACACGUAAUUUUUCUACUCAGGAGAGUAGUUCUGAGACAACACAAACAGAAACAAAUGGUACAAGCACAUUUGGUGAUACAAUGGCCCCUCUAUCAAAGUCUGUAACAACACAGCUAUCCUAUACCACUGUGAUGAGAAAAGAAACCACUUCCGAUCAUCCUAAGGGAAAAUCAACUAUAGCAGCAGUAACUGGGGUUUCUCCAUUUUCAGCAAUGCUGGAAGCAACAAAUGAAUCAGCACAAAUGGUGACAGCUUCUAUCACUGUUUCCCCUUUUCCUGAUAUAGAAAAAUCGGCUACUGCAUUGAAUAAUAAAACUGCAACUACUGGGGUUGGAAUGAAUUGGCUUUCAACAAAAUUGACAAAAACUACACCUAAAAGUUCAUACAAUGGAACUACGGAAAUCUUUAAAUCAACUCAUUGGCACUCAGAGACAUCUGAGGGGACUUUAGUUUCAUUGUCCACAUCUGUGAGCACAGAGACAUUCCCUGAACAGAGUGCUUCAGGCACAAGAAUAUGGGGAGCCACUUUCUCUAUGACCCCUACACAGAAGACAGCUAUGUCUUUGUCUACUGGUGUCUUGCCUCCAAAGACUGCAGCUAUUCAUUCCUCAACAACACCUCAACCUAUUACCUAUAUGUCUUCACUGCCAGUUAAUGUCUCUGUUGCUACCUAUCCUGUUACUUAUAUGGUGGUUUCUGAUGAGACUAAGGUGACCCUGCCUCAGUCUUCUACAUUGGCCAGGGAUUUCUCCCCAUCUGUGUCCUCAGGUAUUCCAACUCUACCAGCAGCUACAAUGCCCAUGGCAUUGGUGCUACCACUGAGUCCAACACCUUCCACAACCAGUACUACCAUGUCUACCCACAGAGGCCUGUUUCAUACCAUUUCAGAGGUCCCAGUGACCUCUUCUACAAAAGCACUCAGGGAAGUUCCUUCUGUGAGAGAAACUCUGGCCUCCUCACCGAGAACUGCCUCCCCUAUGAUAACUAAGACUAUAACUACCUUUCCCUCCACUUCAACAGACAUAGUAAGUCCAUUUGUUCACACUCUUGUCUGCUCAAAACCUCCCCCUGACAAGGUUACUAUUGUGUCCUCCACUCAUGUUAGCCCAACUACAUCUACACUAGUAGCAACUCCAUCUACAUCUCAAGUGGAGACUUCAACUCAUGUUUUGACCUUUCCCUAUACUUUCAGUAGAGGUAGAGAUGUUAGCAUGGUUACUUACCCUACAGAGACUUCUGCUGACAGUGAGACAUUGCCCCCAAACACUUCUGCCAACAAGUUUACUACGCCACUAAACACUCACAUUUCUCAGUCUUCUACGUAUUUUGUAAAUACAUCAGUUACCAACCAAUUGGUGACUGACACUUCUGUCUUACCUCCUGAGAAAGAACAGAUGAACACCUCCAUAGGGAAAACCUCUAUAACUACAAGCAGGACAGAAAUCUCACCAAAGAAUUCUUUAAUUUCUUCCUCCCAAAGUACUUCACUUUUGGAAAUUACAGAUACAGAAUUUUCUGAAACCACAGAAAUUUCUAGUCACCAAACCUAUUUGCCUUCAGAGACUCCCCCUGGGAAUGCACCUUCUGGGAAUUUAGCUGCUUCUCCCAUAGGAAGGACACAGACUACACAAUCCUUGACCUCAAGUAGCAUACAAGGUAUUCAUACUUCAGAAAUUUUUAUCAGUCUUGAGAAAACAGCAGUCCCUUCACAAGUUCAGACAAUAACCACAUUUUUAUCUCCCGAUAAAGAAAACGCAAGUGCAAUUUCAGAAUCUACUCCCUGGACUGUGGGAAUGAUAGCGAGUUCCUCCUUUGUGACUAAUCCAGUCUCAAGUCACCAGGACACAUCUUCUAUAGAUACCACAACUUCCAGGACAACUAGACCAUCACAUCCUGUGCUCAUUAAGACAACUCUUUCACACUUGCUUUCACUUAAGUGUCAACCCAAGGCAACUUGGGUUGCUUCUUCCACUUCUGAAAGCACACAGGCAUUCACAAAUGGACCACUCAAUGCCAAUUUUACAAUGAUCUCUCCUGAUGGGAUCACUACAGCCUUUUCUCUUUCAAAAGUACCUACAACAUUCCCUAUGGAAACAUCAAUUCCUCUUUAUCAGAUAUCUUCAUUGCCAGUUAAUGUCACUGCUUUCACCUCCAAAAAGGUUUCUGACAUCCUCACCACACCAAUGAGGAAGUCUUCUGAAACUAUACACCCAGAUUGUUCAAAAAAUGUCUCUAUAGGUACUUCUGGGCCUAUGCCUGAGAAGUUCUCAAUGCCAGAAAAUAACUCUCAUUCCUCAAAUAUAGCAGUUUCUUCUGACACUUCCACAAGAAUUGGGUUGCUCUCUACUUUAUUGUCUUCAACUACCCCCAAGACUACUAAAACUGCACAAACAUCAUCAGAUAUCACACCUGUGGCAUAUCCUGGGCCUACUUCACAAAGCAUGAUAAUUUCCUCUGCUUUCACUAAUUCCGAAGAGGUAGAGGAGUCCUCCAAGAUUACAACCAUACCUAUUUCUUCUCCAACAGAGUCAGCUUUUCCAACCACUAUUACAGAAGGUACUGUGAUUUCAGUUACAGACACAUCUGCCUCUUCUCUGCUUAGUUCUAAAAACACUGAAGCUAUUUCUUCCAUUCCAAUGACCGUGCUUUCAUCAUUACUUUUACCAAACCAGCAAUCAUCACAAGAAGGUGAAGCUAUAACUCUGGGCAUAUUACCUGGGAUUACCAACAGCGCCCUAUCCACUGAGAGCACUGAUAGAAGGACAGAGCUCGUAAACACUUAUUCUAGAACUACCAUCCCUGAAAUUGUGCUUUCAACUAUUCCUUCAGAUAGCCUUCAUGCUUCCUCGGAUAUUCGGGUUUCUCCAUCUAAUUUUAUGGACACUCCUAGACCUAUAAAAAGUGUAAAAUCCACCACAACACACCUUUCAUUUAAUACAAGAAAGACGACUUCCUUGCCAGACAAUAUUUUGUUGACAAGUGAACUAACUAAAAAGAGUACAUCUGUGACUACACCUGUUUUGUACCCUUUAUGGACCCCAAACAGUGCAACUCAACCGUCUUUCACAUCACGUUUUUAUUUACCUCACAGUAGUGAGGCCAAAUUCUCUACUCCUAAGAUCUCUACUCCUCGUACAUCUCAAAUGGUUGAAUUUCCAGUAUGGGGAACAAGAAUCACACCUAAUAUUAGCCAGUCUCUGCUUAUACCUUCCUGGAACACACCAAAAGUUGGAGAUUCUCAAUUUCCAACUUACACUACUACUCAUGUAAUGACAUCCAACAAAAUGGUAGCAGAGACCCUGAACUCUACUUCUGAGUCUUUGUCAAUAGCCACAACCAAUCAGACUAGUAUGGUCUCUAAAGAUAUUGCAGCAAUGUCAUUAAUUUCCACUUCAGAAAUUCUUCCUACAUUUGGACUUUCUGAGAACACUUCAUUAUCAAUAUCUUCAGGAGUCUUCACUACCACUUCGGCUGACGUUGAGCGCACAUUUGAGAAAACAGCCACAUCUAUAACCCCUGGGACCAUAUUCUCAUCAAAUCCUAUAAUUUCCAAUGCUACUUCACCUUUUCUGCCUUGGAUCGUAUCUAGUCUCCCUUCUGGCUCUCUUGCAACUUUAUCUAAUCCUCCUCGUGUUCUAACUUCAUCUUCAAGGGAAAUGGUAGAAUCCACUUUUCCAGCUUCUGACCUAACACCAACAUACCCGUUUGCUAACUUUACAUUACCCUUUGCUAGUGGAAGCACCAUACUCACCAAUAUCGUUCCUGUACCUACACUGGGCAUCAUUACUUCUGGCUCCCUGAAUUCUCUCCCUAUAUUUACAAAAACGACAGAUGACAGUGUACCCAUAUCCAUGUCCCUUGAAGCAUCCCCCAGAACUACUGUGACUGACAACUCCAGGACUGUUUCUGAACCUAUGUCCUUUAGCAUAAAGAGUCUAUCACCUUCUAUAACUGGCCGCACCCUAUCUAUUGGUUCUCUGUCUCUAUCUAGCCCUACAAAAACAUCUGCAUGGAGCACAGUUCCAGCUACAUCAGCAUCCCCUACUUUAAUUCCUCCUAAACUCACACUGGAUUCCCUUAUAAAUGUAGCCAUUACCACACCCACUUCUACAGGAUCCUCAUUUCCACUGAUGUCUGCUGCAAUGACACAUCCUUCUACAACUGUGUCUUCACUAAUCUCUACAUCUUUUGAGACCACAUGGAUGAACUCCACAACUUCUUUUAUAUUUGCACAAGAGUCAGCUUCAUCAGUCACAUCACAGUCUGCAGUUUCCUUCUACAGUAUCGCAAUGAACUUCUCUGUCUUUGAUGAAGAGCCAAGGGUCCUUAUUACCAGUGUUAUAAAUGAAUUUGCAAACAAAUGGUUGAAUUCUAUAUUUCAAAACUGUGAAUUUUCUCUUGCUAAUAUGGCUAUUCAAAUUAAAAGCAGAGAGACUUCUAAAGAAGAAGUGGCUAUGUAUCGAUACAUUUUGGAACAGAAAAAAGGGAAUGGAAUGGCUACAAUUUCCCAUGGGCCAUACAGUUAUGCCUGUUGGGUAAUUAUAAAAGCAAACUCCUCUUUAACAUCUGUGGAACUGAUCAGCAGGAUCCGAAAUAAAAUACAUGGGAACCUCACACAUGGGAACUUCACACAAGAUCAAUUGACUCUGCUAGUAAAGUCUGACCAAGUUGUAGUGAAAAAGCUAGAGCCAGGAAAAUGCAACAUGGAUGAAACACCCUCGAAAUACAAAGGAACAUAUAAGUGGCUGUUAACUGACCCUACUGAGACAGCCCAAACAAGGUGCAUUAAAAAUGAGAGAGAAAAUGCCACAAGAAUCUGUUCAGUCAGCAUCCAAACUGGCAAGUCUCAGUGGGACAAACCAAGAUUUAAGAAAUGCAAAUUGCUUCAAGAACUCCCUAAUAAGAUUGUGGAUCUUGCUAACAUUACCAUAAGUGACGAGAAUGCAGAUGAUGUGGCAGAGCACAUUUUAAAUUUGGUAAACGAUUCUCCACCUUUGGAUGAAGAAGAGACAAAGAUCAUUGUUUCUAAAGUAGCCGAUAUUUCAAAAUGUGAUGAGAUAAGUGUGGACUUAACCAAGAUUAUAUUACAAAUAAUCAGUGGUGUCACAGAAAAGCAAAACGAUUCAGCUUCCAAUCUGCCUCAAGUAUGCAAUGAAAUUCUGAGGAUAAUCGAGCGUGCUGGUUACAAGAUGGAAUUUGUGGGGACAACAGCAAAUUUCACAGUGGCAAGGCUGGCUUUGGCUGUGCUGCAGGUGGACCACAGGUUUGAAGGUAUGGCCUUCAGCAUUGGCUCCUCUGAAGAACUCACAGACCCAGAGAUUUUCCUCGGUGAUAUCCCUGUAGGGAGAGUUUUGGCUUCCAUAUAUUUGCCUACAUCAUUAAGUGAAAAAAUUCCUCUUAACGGCUUACAAACCAUCUUGUUUAAUUUUUUUGGUCAAACCUCACUCUUUAAGGCCCAAAACACCACUACAGCAUUAACUACAUAUGUUGUGAGUGCCAGCAUUUCAAAUACGUCCAUUCAAAACUUGGCUGAUCCAGUGGUGAUCAUUCUGAAGCACAUUCAAGGAAACUGGAAUUAUGAUCAAGUUUAUUGUGCCUUUUGGGAUUUUGACACUAACAAUGGGCUAGGUGGAUGGAAUUCAUCAGGCUGUAAAGUAAAGGAAACAAAUGUAAAUUACACAAUCUGUCAGUGUAACCACCUCACCCACUUCGGAGUUUUGAUGGAUUUGUCCAGGUCUACAGUGGAUGCAGUGAAUGAACGGAUAUUGGUGAUCAUAACAUACACUGGAUGUGGGAUCUCCUCCAUUUUCCUGGGAAUUGCAAUGGUGACAUACAUAGCUUUUCAGAUUGUCAUUCAGAAAUACCAUAAUGUGAAUGGUCACAACCGUGAAGUAAGAAAAGCCUUGUCAAAGCAAGAGAUGGCUAGUUCUUCGUCUAGCCAAAGAGGUCGAAGGGGUUCUGGAAACUUUGGUGGUGGUUAUGGACAUGGUUUUGGUGGCAAUGACAAUUUUGGUCAUGGAGGAAACUUAAGUGGUCGUGGUGGCUUUGCUGGCAGCCAUGGUGGUGGUGGUGGAUAUGGAGGCAGUGGGGAUGGCUAUAAUGGAUUUGGAAUCCCAGCAAUUACGGUGGCCAUGAUACUCAGUGUGAGAAAAGAUCUGUAUGGAACUCUGAGCCCAACAACUCCAUUUUGUUGGAUUAAAGAUGAUCCUAUCUUUUACAUCUCGGUGGUAGCUUAUUUUUGCCUCAUAUUUCUCACAAAUCUGUCCAUGUUCUGCACUGUUCUUGUGCAACUGAAUUCUGUGAAAUCCCAAAGCCAGAAGACUCGGCGGAAGAUGAUCCUGAGUGACCUCAAAGGCAUAAUAAGCCUGACAUUUUUACUUGGUCUCACCUGGGGGUUUGCCUUUUUUGCCUGGGGACCUGUGAGGCUCUUUUUCAUGUAUCUUUUUGCCAUUUGUAAUACUUUGCAAGGAUUCCUCAUUUUUGUGUUUUACUGUGUGAUGAAGGAGAGUGUACGGGAGCAGUGGUACAUCCACCUCCACUGCAGGUGGUUGCAACUGGAUAACUCUUCUGAUGGGAGCGGCAGGUUUGAGAUAAAUGUUAGGUAUAAACGGGAGAGUCGGAAGAAAACCCAUGGGCGCAAAUUAUUGAUGCCGUCACUCAAAUCAACUACAACUAAUUCCAGUUUCAGAUCUCUAGGAUCUGCACCUGGAACUCCUUCAAAAACAAUUUUCCCAAAUGGAACCUAUAUUUCUGGGUGGAGACUGAUGUUGAACUAA